UAAUCAAAGUGAAUGGAGUUCCUAGACCAGAUUGAGCAAAAGUGUAGGAAUACAGCUCGAUGGUCAUAGCUUCAUCCGUAUUCUGAUUUGAUUUUAGAAAAAUGGAUAUAACAAGAUAUGAAACGAACCGCCUGUUAUUUUAAACUUAGCCCUAUUCAUAGUAGCAAUUGUUUGACCUGGAGAAAUUUGAAAGCGUGUAACGUUACAACAAAAUAAAAAAAAAACAUGUUAGCGUUAAGCUAGCUAGUGCUAACCUCGGACUAGCAUGUGGAAUAGUAGACACGGGGACACAGUGAUGACAAAACUGAUGUAAACCGACGGACUAUGGGCUCAUUUGAGUCUCAAAACAACUUAACUUCACGUAAGAAGAGUUUAUUUCUAUUUGAUCGACCGUUGGGAAACUUCGAACCUGGCCCGUAAACAACAAGGAACAUUAGCAAUUGCUUGCAGUACUGAUUUCUGGAUUAAACUGACACCAUCACGUUUAAGAGAUUAAAUCAGCAGAGAGGUGAUGGGGGUUGGGUGGAGUCAGGAAAUGAGACUAGCAGUAUUGGAUCUCAGGUCAAAUUCAGGUCACCUGCACAAUCUCUGGAGCAUGUGCACUACACUCUAGAGGCAAUGUCACUUGAUGGAUGGUUAUGAGAUUUAGCAGCCAGACGGGAGAACCAUGGAACAGGUUGAGCAACCUACCUCAGAAAUGAAAUGUGAUGGCCCAUUAGAUGGAGUCACGAAGGGCCAGUCGUCUCCACGGACAGAUUUGAAGUCUGUCCCGAUUCUUGAAGAAUCAAUAUGGAAGGCAGUUCAGGAGGGUCAUUCUGCAUCCUUGGACUGUGGAGGGAUGUCAGACAUACAGGAGCCGGGCUCAGCUUCGGGUGAGGAGGUUGAAGGCAGCGAGACGUCAGAUGCCACAGGAUUAGCGCUCUCGCCCGGCAGCAAGGGAUCAUGGGGUGCGAAUCUACAGAAUGGAGACGGAACUCCGCAGGAGAGUCCUCAACAGAAUAGUGACACUUCUGUAACAGAUCCAUUACAGACACCCUCUCUCUCGUUGUCAGACCAGUUACGGCUUGGUCGAGAUGACCCCAGUAGUUUGGGCCUGAACGUUGAGUGCCGCAUAUGUGGAGAUAAAGCCUCAGGAUUUCAUUAUGGAGUUCAUGCUUGUGAAGGCUGCAAGGGUUUUUUCAGACGCACCAUUCGUAUGAAGCUGGAGUAUGAACGCUGUGAGCGUGCCUGUAAAGUCCUGAAAAAGAGCCGGAACAAAUGCCAGUACUGUCGCUUCCAGAAGUGCCUGGCAUUGGGCAUGUCCCACGAUGCAAUCAGGUACGGACGUAUGCCAGAGGCAGAGAAGAAGAAGCUGGUGGCAGGGCUCCUCGCUGGGGAGAACCUGAAAAGCUCUAGUGGGGCUGACCUCAAAACACUGGCUAAGCACGUCAACACCGCCUACCUGAAAAACCUCAACAUGACCAAGAAAAAAGCACGAAGCAUCCUCACGGGCAAGACGAGCUGCACAACGCCUUUCGUGAUCCAUGAUAUGGACUCGCUGUGGCAGGCAGAAAACGGGCUGGUCUGGAAUCAGCUUAACGGAGCACCACCCAACAAAGAGAUUGGGGUCCAUGUCUUUUACCGCUGCCAGUGCACCACAGUGGAAACUGUGCGAGAGCUAACAGAGUUUGCCAAAAACAUCCCUGGCUUUGUGGAUCUCUUCCUAAAUGAUCAGGUAACACUUUUAAAAUAUGGAGUCCACGAGUCCAUAUUUGCAAUGCUCCCAUCUCUCAUGAACAAAGACGGGCUGCUGGUGGCCAAUGGGAAGGGCUUCGUGACGAGAGAGUUCCUGCGUAGUCUACGCAAACCUUUCAGUGAGAUCAUGGAGCCCAAGUUUGAGUUUGCGGUGAAAUUCAAUGCCCUGGAGCUGGAUGACAGUGACCUGGCUCUGUUUGUGGCAGCCAUCAUACUGUGCGGAGAUCGUCCUGGGCUGAUGAACGUGAAGCAGGUUGAACAGAUUCAGGAUGGUGUCCUUCAAGCUCUGGACCAACAUCUUCAGGUGCACCACCCUGACUCUUCUCAUCUCUUCCCCAAACUGCUCCAGAAGAUGGCCGACCUCCGACAGUUGGUCACAGAGAACGCCCAGCUGGUUCAGAUGAUCAAAAAGACUGAAUCUGAGACGUCCCUUCACCCGCUUUUACAGGAGAUCUAUAAAGACAUGUACUGAGCUUACAGACUCAAGGACCUUACUACAGAAUGCUCUUCAACUUCCCUCCUGAAUGGAGAGUGCACACACCUUUAUGGCGCUGCGGUGCCAUUGUUUUUUUAAAAUGAAUUUUUGUAAAGGACUUUUACAAAUAUUGACUUUGAAUACUGACAUUUUCUCUGGUUUUGUGGAGUGUUUUUUUUUAUUUAAACUCAAAUCUGUUCUUAUAGGCCUAUACAGGAUGCAGAACAUCUAGUCAUUGUUUACUACUUCUACUAGCUUCAUGUUAUUCUUCAUGUGCUCAAUGAGGCUAACACAUUAUGGUUUUAGUUUUGCAAGUACAUUUAAGUAAUAUCUAGGAUGUUUCUUUAAGGAGAUCAGAGUGCAGUCAAGCCCUUGAAAUGCCACUUACUGUAUGUGUUUAACUUAGUCGGGCUUUUAUUUUUGUGAUUGUCCUUGUCCACCUGAUUCUGUUUGAUUAGGCGCUUUUACUAAAGUAAAAGGUACUCCACACAUCUGUACAGCAGUCAGGUAUAUUAUUUUGGAAUUAUGUUACUUUCUUGAGGAUGUUGUUUUCAGCGUCAGCUGCUACAAAUAUAUAUUGGUAUUGAAAACUGAAGACAUCUAUGUUUAUUAAUUCACUUUAAUUCUUUGGGAUAAACAUGCAAAAGUGUGAUCAUUUCGGUUCUAUGGAAGGAAAUGUUUUUUCACUUUGUUUAUCAUAAUAAUUAUAUAUAAGUGCUGAUCCCUUUGUUAAGCACUGGUACCUUAAUGGUACUUAUAUUUUUGCAUACUGUCCAGUAACGGUCGUAUUUCAUAUUCUGGUCUUAUUUACCGAAUUGAGACACGACUUCAAUUAUGUUUAAUUUCUCCUUGAUACACAGUUGUAUUAAAUUAGGUCUUCCAUUAGUAUGUUGAUUGAAAAUGUUUAUGAUUAUAUAUUGUGUGAUUGAAAACAAACAAGCAGGAUGUGGUUACAUUAAGGUCUAGAACAUUAUGGUCAAAUUGGUUUAUAGUACUCAACUUAAAUUCAUUCUCUAAAUCAGUCGCAUUAAUUAAGUUAAUGAUCAUGUCUUGAUGGUUAUGUUUAUUGAGUCAGUUUGAGGAAAACUUGUGUUUUAUACUAUAAUUUGGAAUAUAAUAAUUUGGAAGUUAAAAAAGCAGUUUUAAUGUUAAAUUAACAUUAAUAUGGAAGUAAUAUGAUGUGCAACACAUCUGCCGUUUCACAUCCAGGAGUAUCUCGGGAAUAUUUGAAAUGUUAUCUUAUGGCUGAUAUUUGCUUUUCUGAUCUGUUUAUUCAAGAUAGAACUUGAUGUCAGAGAUAUAUGGUCAUGUAGAAACAUGUUACUGUGAAACUAGAGCACACUUUUCAAACUUUUCUCCCUUCUUAUUCUUAAAAUGCAUUUUGUCACCCAGUUUCACUCCAGACAUCGGCCAAUAUCUUUCUACCUUUCUGGUCUGACCUGGCUCAGAAAUUUCUUGCUUCAUUAACAAGAUCAGACAUAAUGUAGGCUACAAGUGUUAUUGUUUGUGAAAUAUUAUUUUGGAUCAAAGUAAAACAAUUCCUGACAUCA